AUUGUACUUUAAUUUAUUAAAGAAUAUUCCUUUUCUACAAGUGAAAUAGAAUUCUACGAUAAAAAUCAUAAUUACCAUCUUCUUUGUCUUCUUUUUUUUUUUUUUGUAAUCUAUAUUUGACAAAAUGGAUAACAUAGAUGCAGAAACGAAAACGUAUAAGAUUUUGCCAGUAUUAGCUGCGGUGGGUACUAUUGCUGCUAUAGGUCUUGCCAUUAAGUUUUACGUAUCCAAAGUCGAAGGAAAGAAGAAAAAGAAUCCUGUAUUGUUGGUUGACCCGGUUGUCAAAUAUAGCGUACCAUUGAUACAGAAAGAUGUUAUAAGUCAUGAUACUAGGAAGUUUAGAUUCGGUUUGCCAACGGAGGAUCAUGUUCUUGGUCUUCCUACCGGACAACAUAUACAUUUGACUACUAAGAUCGGCGAUGAAGUCGUUAUACGUUCCUAUACUCCUGUUUCCAGCGACGACGACCAUGGAUAUGUCGAUCUCGUUAUUAAGGUUUAUUUUAAAAAUGUACAUCCUAAAUUCCCUGAGGGUGGUAAAAUGUCUCAGCAUUUGGAAAAUAUGAAAAUAGGUGAUACCAUAGAUAUCAGGGGUCCGUCUGGUCGUCUUGUUUAUAAAGGACGUGGGAAAUUCUCUAUUAAGCUUCUCAGGAAGGAUCCACCAACUGAUUACGACGUUAAGAAGGUUGUUAUGUUAGCCGGUGGAACUGGCAUUACGCCGAUGUUGCAGUUGGUUAGAGCUAUAAUAAAAGAUCCUGCGGAUGAAACUCAAGUUUCCUUACUUUUUGCUAAUCAAACAGAAAAGGAUAUAUUGUUGAGAGAUGAAUUGGAUGACAUUGCUAAAAAUCAUUCUGAUAAAUUUAAGAUAUGGUAUACGGUAGAUAACGGUGGGGAAAAUUGGCCCUAUAGUACGGGACAUAUUAACGCAGACAUGAUAAAAGAACAUAUGUUGCCACCAUCUCCCGAUACUAUUGUAUUAAUGUGUGGUCCAGUACCGAUGAUAAACAUGGCUUGCAAUCCUAAUUUGGACAAGUUAGGCUACGAUACCAAAUUGCGAUUUGCUUAUUAAACACAUAUUUUUUUUGUCGCAUCAAGUAGAUUGCAUUUAUUUAAUACAUUAUGCUUGUAGCAUAUUUCUUGUUCAAAACAUAGACAGUUUAUAUUUUUCAACGGGGAGGUAAAAACAUUAUUUAGCUGCACAGUUUAUAUUAACAUUUCUUAUUAAAUAUUAAGAAAUAUUUGUUUUCUUUAUACUUAGGAUUUUGAUAUUAACAUAUAGUCACAUCCAAAGACAGUAUUUAAGUUCGUUUUUAAAGCAUUUACAAUUAUUAAUAUUACGACCAAUUUCUUUUUUGAUACAAUAUUAUAUUAAUAAGUUACUAAGAUAUGAUAUACAGCUUAACAAUCGUACACUUAUAUCUGUGCAGCUAUAACUAUACGACGCUAUUUAAAAAGACACUCGCAUAAAUUUGAAUAUAUCCGUUCUCCGAUACAAAGGUGCAUUUUACAGUGAUGUUAUACACUUUUUUUUUUUAUAUAUAUCUUAUAUUCUUACGUAACAAUCUGUUUUAGAAAAAUAAUUUCGAACGAUCGAUGUUUAAGAUAAAUGUAAACGAAAAGAAAGUUUUAAACCAAUUGUUAAACACCGAAUGUAAACGUAUUAUAUUGUUAUAUAGAUAUAUUCUAUUAACCGCAAGUUUACUAUUUAAUUAUUCGAGAAGGUAUAAGCUAGAUUUAUUACGAAUUUUUACAAAGAGUACAAAUUACUUCAAUUAUCUCUCUUUUUUUUCUCUUUAUCUCUCACUUUGUAUUAUUAUUAAAUUACUACGAUCAUUUUCCAAGUGUACCUAUAUACACGAACACACACGAACACACACACACACACAUACACA